AUGGCUGAAUCAGAGAAUUUUGAGGAGGAUCUCUUUGCAGACCUCUACGAGGACGGCGACGCUCCCAAAGGUGCAACUGGCCCACAGCCUCCCAAAACUGCCGAGCCUGCUGCUCCCAGCGCACCAGCCGCGCAGCCUGCCUCGGCCGAGCCAGCAAACAACCAAAGCGGCAACGCCAUGGAUCAAGGUGAUGACGAUGACGACGAAGACGAUGUCGAUUUCAAUCUCGGCGGUGGCGGUGGCGCUCCCGCAUCAAACAACCACGCUCCUACACAGUCAGAAGAAGAGCCUGAGUUUACAGCGCCUCCACUGGGCACGGUGCACAAGGCCAGUGCCAAAGAUGAUGGUAAAAUGUUUAUUGGCGGUCUAAACUGGGAAACCACAGAUCAAUCCCUGCGAGACUACUUUUCUCAAUUUGGUGAAGUCGUUGAAUGCACCGUCAUGCGCGACAGCAACACAGGCAGAUCCAGAGGAUUUGGUUUCCUCACAUUCAAGGAUGCCAAGACUGUUAACAUCGUCAUGGUCAAGGAGCAUUAUCUGGAUGGCAAAAUCAUUGAUCCCAAGCGGGCUAUCCCUCGCGAUGAACAAGAAAAAACGAGCAAGAUUUUUGUCGGUGGUGUCAGUCAAGACACGACAGACCAAGAAUUUAGAGACUUCUUCGCGCAAUUCGGCCGUGUCAUCGAUGCCACUCUGAUGAUGGAUAAGGACACUGGACGACCGAGAGGCUUCGGUUUUGUUACGUUUGAAAGUGAGGCUGGUGUCGACAAUUGCAUCAGCAUCCCUCUCGAAAUACACGGCAAGCCUAUUGAGGUGAAGCGUGCACAGCCCCGCGGCAACUUGCGUGAAGAAGAAGAGGCGGCGAAGCGCGGCAAAUUCAAAAAGGUAGAUGACCAAGGGCAGGGCAUGCAGCAAAUGGGUAAUAGCGGCAUGACCCCUCAAGUCAUGGCGCAAUACUUCCAGCGUAUGCAGCAGUACUUUGCCAUGAUGCAGUCGCAGAUGGCCAUGAACCGUGGUAUGAACAUGAACCCGGCCAUGUGGCAGAACAUGAUGCAGAUGCAACAAAUGCAACAGAUGAUGGGCCGUGGCGGUGGUGGCCAGGGUGGCUCCAACAUGAUGGGCAACAUGAACCCUCAAAUGAUGCAGCAGAUGCAGCAGCAGAUGAUGCAACAGCAACAGCAGCAGCAAGGCGGUGCUAGCCCUACGAGCCAGGGUAACGGCGGUGGCGGCUCGCAAGGCGGCUUUGAGAACAACAGCUUCGACCAGUUCCAACAACAACCUCCGCAGGGCCCGGGGGGUGCUCGCCGAGGCGGUCGUGGCGGCUUUGGCGGUGGUCAAGGAGGCUACGGCGGCAUGGGCGGCGGUCAGCAAGGCGGCAAUGCGACGUCCUGGGAGGGCAUGUAUGAUGAACCCCAACCUGGCGGCUAUGGCCGAGGCAGCCACGAUGCUCCCCCGGCCAACGCACCCACGGGACCCAAGAACCCCGGCCGCGGUGGCGGCGGCGGCGGCAGCGGCAGCUAUCGCGGUGGUAGCCGUGGCAGCAGCCGAGGUUUCCACCCGUACGCCAGGUAG